AUGCCCCCGGAACCACGCCCGAGCCCGCCAUCACCACACGCCUCCCUCCGCCCCAGGCCCACCAUCGCCGAUAUCCCUAUCCUCCCCCGACGCAGGUUGAGGGACGGCUCCCGUGGCAGUGUCGGUAGCUCUUCUAGCGGCGGAAGCAGUGCCACAGCGCUAAAACCGAGCGGAAGCCGAAAGAGAACGAGAACGGGGAGUCGAGAAGUCAGCCAGAUGCCUUCACAACGUUCCACCCGGCGGACUGCUGUCACUCGCUCGGUAGCGGCGGCGACGCAACCCAGAGGCGCUUCCAACGCGCCGAUACAAAUCUCAGAUAGCGAUGAGGAGGAAGAUAGUAGCCAGGGGAGUAUUAUCGCCAUCUCGCCUGAAACAGGUCGGGGCAGAGGACGGUCGGUGAAUGCCGCGAGACGGGCAUCUCGGAAUGUCCAUGCGGGUGUUGUCAAUGGCAGAGCGAGCCGUAACUCUUCCUCCUCCUCCACUCCGGAUGCGCAGCCGAGCUCGUCAUCUCCAGACUCUACCUACACCCGCCGUUUGACUGCCAAAGAGAAGGGGAAAGGCCGGGCUCCUCCGGCAGUUGCUAUCGAGAUCUCUUCCGACGAGGAGGACGGCGUGGUGGCGGUCGAAAAAAUUAAGGACAGUGUGUUGAUGGAUAUAAAGACGAGGGAAUUAGUCGAGGUGGAAGAACCAGGGAUCGAUGAGGACAAUGCACUCGCAACUGGCUAUGCUUGUCCGAUCUGCUUCAACGCUCCUAGUCCUGCCAUCCUGACACCAUGUGGCCAUAUCCUUUGUGCUGGCUGUCUCCAUUCUGCCCUUACCGCAGCUAUACGGCGAAACCCCAACCCCCAGCCCGACCCAUGGGCUGCUCGAGGAAUAUCGGCUUCCCGCGGAGGUCGUGGCCGUGGCCGUGGCCGAGGUCGAGGAGGUGCAGCUCGUGGCGGACGCGCCCACACCACUCCAAAAGAGCCGCAACCCGCUCACUGGACUCCCGACGGGCUCAAAGAAACUUUUUUGGCGUACAAGAAAAUGUCCUAUGAUGACACGCUCAGAGGGCAAGGAUUGAGUGCCGGGGAUAGGGAAGCGGCGUUGGCCUGUGUGAUGGAAGACGGCGGGGGCGACGACAUGAAUCUUGAGCCGAGGGAGGUCCUUGCGGGGCUCUGGAAUCUGGGGAACAAAGGCUGGGUUGUUGAAGGGGAGUGUCCUGUCUGCCGAAAUGCCUUGCCUGGAGGGUAUGGGCCGCCAGAAACUGGUAUCGGAGGAAUCACAGCACUGCAAGCACGACUGUCGAUAGGGAAAGCAUGA